AUGACUCCCUUUUCUUGUUUACCUUCUGCAGGAAACACCGCCUCACCCGAAGCAUUUCUUUUGCGAAAUCCCCACUUACAUGUGCCCAAAUACCGCUACAAUGAAACGCAGCUACCCAAGAAAGAGAGUCUUAUGUGGAGGCCUUUCCAAGUUCCAACCAGGCCUUAUCGUCCAAUAUUGAGCUUAACAAACUCUAAACUUAUGCACCCUUCAGCCAGUAUCUCUUCUUUUGCAGAGGCAGAAGGUGAGAAAGAGCAAAAAGAAGGAAUCCAACUUGAAACGCAUGAUCAAGAAGAUGCAAAAACAAAUGAAGAUGACCUGCCUGGAAUGGCUCAAGCUUUUCAUAUAUCUUCAAGAACUGCUUCUGCUAUUGCUAUAUUCAUAGCAUUUGCAGCUUUGAGUCUUCCCUUUUUUAUGAAGUCUUUGGGUCAAGGAGUUAGCUUAAAGACCAAGUUUUUAUCAUAUGCAACACUUUUAUUUGGAUUUUACAUGGCUUGGAAUAUUGGAGCCAAUGAUGUGGCUAAUGCCAUGGGAACUUCAGUGGGAUCAGGUGCAUUGACCCUGCGUCAGGCUGUGUUGACGGCAGCGAUUUUGGAGUUCUCUGGAGCAUUGUUGAUGGGAACUCAUGUGACCAGUACAAUGCAGAAAGGAAUUCUUGUUGCUAACGUGUUUCAGGGGAAGAAUAGUCUGCUUUUUGCUGGAUUGCUCUCUUCUCUGGCAGCCGCUGGUACUUGGUUGCAGGUUGCAUCAUAUUAUGGUUGGCCAGUUUCCACCACGCACUGUAUAGUAGGAUCAAUGGUUGGAUUUGGCCUGGUUUAUGGGGGAGCUGGCGCUGUUUUCUGGAGCUCAUUGGCAAGGGUAACUUCAUCGUGGGUUAUCUCACCUAUAAUGGGAGCAAUGGUGUCAUUUCUAGUGUACAAAUGCAUCCGCAGGUUUGUUUACAGUGCUCACAAUCCUGGGCAAGCAGCAGCUGCAGCAGCACCAAUUGCUGUUUUUGUGGGUGUAACUGGAAUUUCUUUUGCAGCCUUUCCAUUAAGUAAGAGCUUUGCCAUUGCUCUUGCCCAGGCUUUGGGCUGUGGAGCAGCUGGGGCACUCUUUGUUCACAAGAUUAUCAACAAACAGCUUGGCCAUCUCCUGGUCAAAUCCACUUCAUCAUCACACUCAGAGCCACAAGAGAACACUACUCAGAACAAAAAUCUCGGGCUUCUCUCAGAAAUCGCAGGGCCUAAAGGCACCCAGCUGGAAAUAGUUUAUGGGGUCUUUGGAUACAUGCAGGUGUUGUCAGCUUGCUUCAUGUCGUUUGCCCAUGGUGGAAAUGAUGUCUCCAACGCGAUAGGCCCUCUGGCUGCUGCAUUAUCUAUUCUUCAAGGUGGUAGUGGAAAUGAGAUCGUUAUUCCAAAUGAUGUUCUGGCGUGGGGAGGAUUUGGAAUCGUAGCAGGGCUUAUGAUGUGGGGGUAUAGAGUGAUUGCAACAAUUGGGAAGAAGAUAACAGAACUCACACCUACUAGAGGAUUUGCAGCCGAGUUCGCUGCAGCGUCUGUCGUUCUCUUUGCAUCAAAGCUGGGACUCCCAAUCUCAGCAACCCAUACAUUGGUGGGAGCAGUUAUGGGAGUUGGCUUUGCAAGGGGACUAAAUAGAGUUCGAACAGAGACCGUGAGAGAGAUUGCCACGUCCUGGGCGAUAACGAUUCCAGUUGGUGCUUCUCUUGCGGUAUUCUACACAUGGAUCUUAAUAAAGCUUUUGUCAAAUGUUUUAUGAUACUCAUUCAACACAUUUAAGUGAACAGCCCGAUAUAUGUGAUUAAUUAGAAUCAUUCAUCUUUUCCCAAAUUAAUUUGUGGAAUGGUUAUGCCUUCUUGCAUUAAUGAUGCGAUUUCCUUCAACUGGAAAUCACUGAAACAUUUUGGAUGUGGAGAGGACAAAGACUGCAGGAGAUUUUGGAGGGAAUGUAUAUGUGUUGAACACUUUAUAAAGGACUAUAUAUUUGCAGA